GUGAAACUAAGCUUGCUGUUUGGAAUCCAGAUUUCCUCAGAUUUCUCUGGAUCGCUUAUCUGACCCUGUUCUUUAGACUGAAGUUUGCAAGAUUUUCUGUGUAUUUCUGCAAGAGGACAGACAAGAACAAAGUGAGGUAAAAUCAGAGCUGCAGAAGUUCCUGUUUUCCUGACAGGUCACAGCAAACUCUUGAUUUCAGAAGAAGAGAAUAUCCUUUAUUGAAGGUCUUGAAGAAGAAAUAUAACCAGAUUGAGUCAAGAGUGAUUUUGUUCCUUUACAUCGCUCUGUUGCCUCAAGAAAAUAUUGCAGGAGUUAAAGAGAACACAAUUAGUCCAGAGGUAUUCAGGGUUGGGUGAUCACACAGCAUCAAAGAUAAAAAAACAACCGACUACACACAGACAAAAAUGUAUGGCAAUGAUUCGGAAUCUAAACAGACAGAUGGAGCAUCUAAACGCUAUCCUUUCAGAUCACCAUCAAAACCCAAAGAAUCAUGCACCUACAUGCGCAUCCCAUUCUCUCUAAUGUCUGGCAAUGAAUCAGAAUCUAAAGAAGAAAAUGAUAGGGUAAGCUCUCCCUACAAAUUAAUCAAUGGAUUCCCUUCAGGUUGUACUGACCUAAGGACAAGAAAAUCUUAUGUCCAGUCAUACAACAAUGAAACAAAGAAUGCUGAAUGGGUGUAUGAGAUACUGAACAAAAGUAUUAUAACUGAAAGUAACCAAACUGCUGAAAAUGAUCAAAUCAGUUCAAAAUACAUGAACUUUGGAGAGACAUUAUCUAACAAGGACUAUGAUCAAGGUCAUCUCGCUGCGGCUGCCAAUCACAGGUGGUCUCAGGAAGCCUAUCAUGACACGUACUUGAUGGGCAACAUUGUACCUCAGCCUCAGGCCCUAAACAGAGGCCCCUGGAAAAGGUUUGAGAAGGAAUGUCGAGAUACUGCUGUGAAAGCCAAUGUCCGCAAUGUCCAUGUGAACUCUGGACCACUUUACCUGAGAGAAGAAGAGAAUGAUGAGUAUGUUCGUGUGACUGACACAAGUGAAAUGACAUGGUUGGAUGGGAAAGCAGUGCCAACUCACUUCUUUAAGGUGAUUACUGUAGAGAAUAACGAUGGGACAGUAGAAGAGCCAGACUUCUUUGUGAUGCCCGAACUGUGUAUUGAUGAGGAGGAUGGACAUUUACGAAAAGACAUAGGAGACAAUAUAGAGUAUCUACAAAACAAGUACAGGAUGAAUAGUGAGUUAUUUCAGAGACUCUCUGGGCUGCAAUUCCUCGAAAGCUGUCCCAAUGGGGAAAUGAUGGUCAGUACAAAGACAAUUAACUGGAAGGGAGAAAAUAAAAUAGGAGAGAUAUGUAGUGUUCAAACGAAAGUGAGACUAAAUUCCCCAUAUCUUUAGUUGAUUUAGUUCUGUGGAAACCAGUUGCCUUAUACCAGGGGUGUUCAACAAUUUCAUCCUUUGGGAGGCUUGUAGCUUUUCUCUACCUGUUUGCUGAUAAAAAGUUGUAUAAACA